AGAGUCGUCUCUCAGUCUUAGACACACGCACUCCAAAUCAGCAAAGAUGUUCCGCUACAUGCUCGUUGCCUCCGCUUUCCUGGCCUGCGCCUACGCCGCUGCCACCUACAGCCAAGAUGCUGGUGCCUACAUCACCAAGACUGGUGCUGAUAUUCUGCCCGAUGGUCACUACAACUUCGCCUACGAGACCAGCAACGGAAUCGCCGCCCAGGAGUCCGGACUUGGAGGCUCCCAGGUCAAAGGAGGCUACUCGUACUACUCGCCCGAGGGAGAGCUGGUCCAGCUCCAGUACGUGGCCGACGAGAACGGCUUCCAGCCCCAGGGAGCCCUCCUGCCCACUCCUCCCCCAAUCCCAGCCGCCAUCCUGAAGUCCUUGGAGUACAUCCGCACCCACCCCCAGUACGUGGAGCCCCAGCCUAAGUACCAGCCACAGUACCAGUCCCAGUCCCAGUACCGUAAGGUUAACUCCCGCGGUUAAGGAGUACUUUCUUACACCCUUUGAAAGCUUUAUUACGAUGUGUAAAUAUGUUAUUGUCGAGUUGAAAUAAACGAAGAAAUUGUAAAAU